CAUCCUCGUAUUCCGUCGGCCGUUCUCCACGAGCCAGCAAGCGAAAAAGCGAAGAAAAAAAAAGGCGCAUCAGGGACAGGGAUGGGACGGGGAUGAGCGUCAGGAUGGACUUAACUCUUGCUGCUAAGAAUAUGCAGACAAGGACAGACAUCACUUAGAGGGCAGGGAUAGGGGACAGGGAUGGACAAGGACAAGGGGAAAGAUGGAGGAGAGGAAGAAGACAGGACGAGGACAAGAAAGAAGAUGAAGAUGAAGACGAAGACGGAAGACGAAGAAGUCGAGGCCAGGGGGACCAUCCGUCCAUCCGUCCACCCGCCUGGCUAUCUCUAUCUCGACUUCUCUGCUGUCUAUCUUGCUGUCCAGCUGUCUGACAGUCUACUGACAGUACUACGGGUACCAGCGGAGACGGCUGGUCACAGUCCUAUGUAUGCAGACGCCUUCAGCAGAGAGAAGAGAGCGGCCCACCAGCAAGCCUGCCUGCCUGGCCUGCCUGGCCUGCCUGGCGUCUUCAGGCGGCAUCCCUGGCAGCCCAAAGGCAAGGCCGUUAUGAAGUCAGAGGCUGUCAUCUUGUUAACCUCGGCCGCCGCCGUCGCAUCAUCCCAUCGUCAUCGCCCUGGCCUGGCUGUCAUCAUCAAUCAUCAAUCAUCAAUCAUCAAUCAUCAUCCGCCAUCCGCCAUCCACCGUCCACCGUCCACCGUCCACCGUCCACCGUCCACCGUCCACCGUCCACCGUCCACCAUCCACCGUGCUGGCCUGGCCUAUCAGAGAGAGAGAUAAGCGGGUGGAGGGCAAGGCAGGCAAAGACGGCACGAGCAUUCUUCUCUGUCUCGUCUCUACUGAGCACUUGUUGCUAUCGAUAUCGACUAUCGAUAUCACAUCUAUAUCAACAUCCAGCUUCAACUAGGUUAACUCCACGACGCCGACUCCCUGGCCAUGGACUGGACUGGAAGUGUAACUUAACUCUCUUCUGGCCUUGCCCAUCCCAUCCCAUCUUUUAUUCUAUUUUAUUCGCCUCCUUCACAAGCAACAAGCAGAAGCCAAAA